AUGUUCGCCAUGUACCUAGAUAUACAAAAAGGGAAAUAUAUUGACGAGCUACCCGAGGAGGAAGUGAAAGGUCGAUGGAAAAGCUUCAUAAGAAAGUGGAACCGUGGAGAACUCGCUGAAGGCUGGUACGAUCCAACUACCCUUGAAAAGGCUCGCAAAAAUGUAGAUUACCAGCCAGGUGAAAAAUACCACGGAAGAGACUCGCCAGAAUAUGGAAACGAGCAAUCGGAACCUCGGGAGGUGCAAGCACCAACGGAUGAAGAUGAUGAAGACGACGAGUACGGACCGACCCUCCCUCAAGGCUCGGCAAGGAUCGUGCACUCCGGACCGACGAUACCAAAUAUGCAAGACCUUGAGCUCAAAAGAGAACUUGCAAUUGAAGAUGCCAUCAACAUGCGCGGGGAAUCCCGAGAACAAUACCGUAAUGAGAUCCGCUCUCACAAGACCGCUAUGCGCAACCUACAAGACGAGAUAGCCCCUCGCGCGGAACCCGGAACCAGAGAAAGACAGCUUGAGAAGCGACGGGAAGCAGCCGCCUCGAACCGCUUGUUUGCAGCAGCGCGUGGCGGCUCGCCGGAGGCUGCACCUGAGGAGCAACUCAUGGGCUCUGGAGACAAUGAUUUGGUGGCUCUGAAACGGGAAAAAGAGAUGGAUCAGCGGAAGAAGAACGAUAGAGAGAUUCGACGCGAGGAGAUUCUUCGGGCUCGUGCUGCGGAGCGAGAAGAACGGAUCCAGAAGUAUCAGGAGAAGGAGAAGGAGACUAUGGGGUGGUUGAAAAUCCUAGCAAAGGAGAGGUUUGGCUGA